AAAUGCAGCUGCGCCAUUUUGUUAAAGUGAAUGCUUCUUUGGUAGAGGAUUUUCUUUCCGUAUGCCAAAAAAUCAAUCUCUCUUUGGGCAUUAGCUUGUGAGUUUAUUUGUGUAAGUUGUUUUCGAAAAAACUAUAUUAAUGGCUGCUAACUGGAUUAAAAUAACUGAAAGGGCCCGAGAGGGCAUACAAAUUAUAAAUAGUCUGCCUUUUGAUACAUUCACAACGGUAUUAAAUUUUGUGCAUCGGCAAAUGAUACCGGUUGCAACUGAAGAUGUAUUAGAGCCAGAAAACGCCCUUGAAGAAUUGGAGCGUUUAGUUGGUGUCCCACGUGCUGAUUUUUUGCUUAUGAUUAAAACAUUUUCCUAUAUUUUGAGACGUACUUCUACUUUCGUAAUAAAACCAACACGUCUACAUGCUGAGCUAAGAGAAAAGCUGCAAUUUGCGGAUGAUGCCAAAAUCGAUGCAAUUGUAAGAUUAUGGGUACGACAAACUACACCUAUUAUGAAUAGCUUGGCAUGUGAGCGGUAUGAAUCGAAUGAAAUACAUGAUGUGGCAUGGAAAUUAAAUGUAGAAAUAUCGUCGCAUUGCGAACAGCGUGAGAAGAAUGCAUUGGCAAUGUUGCAAUUAAAAACUGGUACAGGUGAAGAUAUCAACUUAGAAAUGAAUCACGACGAAUUGUUACAACUGUAUAACCAAUUUGAGUGUAUACAAACGGAACUUGAUACCCUAAAAAUUCAACAAUGCCAAUAAAAUUUUAAAAUUGGAAUGCAUAGGAAUCGGAAAGAAGUGCGAAAGUAAACAAGAGGAUGCCAUAGAUAUUCUCCCGGUUGGAGCAAAUGGAGUAUGUAUGUAGAAAUCAAUAAAUAAGUUUAUGUUUAACUAUGACAGUAGAGUAAGGCUCAAGUAGUAAAUUAUAUAUACUAAGAAUAAUGUAAAUACAUUAAUGCAUUUGAUGGU